CCCGGUAAGAGUGCAGCAUGAGGGAAUGUGUAUAAAUGUCCCACCAGCAACAUGGGGCCACAGCUGCUGGGCCUGAUAAGACUGUUUCUACUGGAUCUAAGAGAAGAUGAAUCUUCAAGCCGUCCCCUUCAUCCUGCUGGUCAUUUCCUGUGGCCAGGCUUUCCAGUACACCGAGCUGGCGCAGUACGUUGAUGACCAUCAGGAAGAACAUAUUGAGGUUCUGAGGGAGUGGGUUGCAAUUGAAAGUGACUCGAGCAACAUUCUGAGAAGACCAGAUCUGCAACGCAUGAUGGAGCUGGUGGCUGAGAAGCUGAGACUGAUGGGAGGAAUGGUACAACUGGUCGAUAUCGGAGACCAAGAGCUUCCAAGUGGACAGACAAUAGCACUGCCAAAAGUAGUGACAGCUCAGUUUGGGAGUGACCCCAGCAAACACACAGUGUGUGUCUACGGUCAUGUGGACGUUCAGCCGGCGAAGCUGGAGGACGGCUGGGCUACCAAUCCCUACAACCUGACAGAUAUCAACGGUAAUCUGUAUGGAAGAGGAACAUCAGACAACAAGGCUCCGGUUCUGGCCUGGAUCCACGCCGUACAGGCUUACCAAGCCCUCAGCAUGGACCUGCCAGUAAAUGUGAAGUUUCUCAUUGAGGGUAUGGAGGAGACAGGUUCUAACGGCCUGGAUGCAAUGAUCCUGGCGCAGAGAGACACCUUCUUCUCCGAUGUGGACUACAUCAUCAUUUCUGACUGUGGUUGGCUGAGCAGACGGCCGGCCCUGACCUAUGGCACUAGAGGGAACUGCUACUUCUUUGCAGAGGUUGAAGGCCCCAAACAAGACUUACAUUCUGGUGUCUAUGGAGGCACUGUGAUCGAACCAAUGACUGACCUCAUUGGCAUUCUUGACACACUCAUCAGCCCCAGUGGAAAGAUUCUGAUUCCGGGGAUCCGGGAAGCAGUGGCUCCUCUGUCGGAUGAAGAAUGGAAAAUGUAUCAGGAUAUUGAGUUUGACGUGGACAAUUACAAGAACAAGACUGGCGUCAGCCACCUCAUGUACAACAACAAGGUGGACUUGUUGGCCCAUAGGUGGCGCUACCCCACUGUUUCCAUCCAUGGUAUAGAGGGGGCUUUCUCUGACUCCGGCACAAAGACAGUCAUCCCUGCUAAGGUCACUGCUAAGUUCUCAAUAAGACAAGUCCCUGACAUGGACCCAGCAGCGGUCAAGAAACAGGUGACAGACUACCUUCACUCUGUGUUUGCUAAGAGAAAGAGUCCUAACAAGCUGAAAGUUACCAUGGUGAUUGGGGCCAAGCCCUGGCUGGCUGACACUAAGCACCCUCUGUAUGAGGCUGGAAAGGUAGCGAUCAAGAGAGUUUUCAAUGUGGAUCCUGAUCUAAUCCGUGAAGGUGGGACCAUCCCCAUUGCCAAAACCUUCCAGGAUGUGACGGGCAAAAGCAUCAUCAUGAUGCCCAUUGGAGGCUUUGAUGAUGGAAUGCACUCCCAGAAUGAGAAAAUGAGCAGGUACAACUACCUCGAAGGAACCAAGUUGUUCAUUGCCUACCUGAAUGAAGUCGCCCAGAUUAACAAGUCCAGUGUUUGAUCAUUAUAGGAAGAUCUAUCUAUCUAUCUAUCUAUCUAUCUAUCUAUCUAUCUAUCUAUCUAUCUAUCUAUCUAUCUAUCUAUCUAUCUAUCUAUCUAUCUAUCUAUCUAUCUAUCUAUCUAUCUAUCUAUCUAUCUAUCUAUCUAUCUAUCUGUCUAUCCUUGUGUCUUCUGGUUAUUUUCAUUCCUCCCUAUGUAUAAUUAGUGUUAGUUAUGUUCUAGAUCAUGCAGUACUGUAGUACACUGCAUUUGUUUCAUUUAAUAAAAAUAAAACAAAUACAAAA